AUGCCGCGCUCCUUCCUGGUGAAGAAGCACUUCUCGGCCAGCAAGAAGCCCAACUACAGCGAGCUGGAGAGCCAGGCCGUGCUGGCCGCCCCGCUGCUGUACGAGACGUGCCCUCUGCCCGUCAUCCCCCCGCCCGAGGUGCUCGGCCCCGGCGCCUACUACCCGCCGGUGGUGUGGGAUGCGGGGCUGCUCUCCAGCCUGUUCCCGGGCGGCCCGGGCAGCGAGGCGGCGGGAGGCGCGACCCCCGCCCUGGACCUGACGGCGCUCUCCAGCGAGGAAGAUGAAGGCAAGAGCUCGGGGCCCCCCAGCCCGGCCUCGGCCCCCGCUGCCGCCGAGCGCUUCCGCUGCGCCCAGUGUGCCAAAGCGUACUCCACUUUCGCCGGGCUCUCCAAGCACAAGCAAUUGCACUGCGACGCCCAGGCCAGGAAAUCUUUCAGCUGCAAAUACUGCGAGAAGGAGUAUGUGAGCCUGGGGGCUCUCAAGAUGCACAUCCGGAGCCACACGCUGCCCUGCGUCUGCAAGAUGUGCGGGAAGGCCUUCUCCCGGCCCUGGCUGCUGCAGGGCCACAUCCGGACACACACCGGUGAAAAGCCCUUUUCCUGUACACACUGCAAUCGGGCCUUUGCUGACCGCUCUAAUCUCCGCGCCCACCUGCAGACCCAUUCAGAUGUAAAGAAGUACCAGUGCAAAACCUGCUCCCGGACUUUCUCCCGCAUGUCGCUGCUCCACAAGCACGAGGAGACAGGCUGCUCCGGCUCUCGCUGAGGACUGGACUCCACUCCCCCGGCCUCUCGCAUCACAAAAACCUAUAUUAUAACUAGUUUCUCUAGGAGUUAGAUUCCUCCAUCGCCGUUGCAGUGUGCACCGGGCUGAACGCAGCUCCUCUGGCCCUUGAGACCCUCACACUCCUCGCUCGGUGCCUCCAGUGCAAUGCAAGAGCCUGAUCAUAGAAUAACCUGAGUUGGAAAGGACCCAUCAGGAUCAUCGAGUCCAGCUCGUGGCCCCACGCAGGACACCCCAAUAAUCACGCACCAUGUGCCUGAGAGAAUUGUCCAAAUGCUUCUUGAACUCAGACAGGCUUGGUGCUUUGACCACUUCUCCCAUCCUGGCGUCUGGGGGUGCAGGACUGGACACAGUGGCAAGUGUGGGUGGCAAAUCAAGUGUGUGAGACUCGGGGGGCACAGCCCUGAGCCUGCCCUGCUGCUGCCACAGCCCCUCAGCAGGUGCCCCCUCUUGCCAGAGGCACCUUUCAGGGCUGGACCUGCACCCUGGCCCCACGCCGGUACCGAACACUGCAACCAUGUAGCUUGGGGGGGUGGGGUUUUUCUAUUGGUGGUUUUUGGUUUUGUUUGUUUUGGAUUUUUGUUUUUUUUUUUCUUUUUAACAUCGUAACCACUUGGUAACUUCUAAAAACCGAUAUUUUUUUAAUGAAGGACAAAACGUUGCCUCCCCCCCACCCCGAGUGUAUAUACACUGCCUGUAGAAGGUGUAACUAUGCAAUAAUACAGUAUCCCAGUAGUUGUGAAGCAGCUGCUUCUCCCCAGCACAAUGACAAUUUGCAAUGCCUGCGAGAUUAACAGUGUCCAUGAAAGGCAGGGGUAGCCAUUUCAAACCCCAGCCCUGUUUACAGAGCAGCUAUGCACUCAAGCACCUGUUAAUAUGACUCUUAACAACUGCUUUUCAAGAGAACUGUGACUAAUAGCAGGCACUUGUCAGCUGAUACAAUGGUGGCCUGUCCCAAGGCUGCCCAUCGACAGGUGUGUGCCAAAAGCCCUAUUUAUGGGUAUUGACAGGUGCCUCCUGAAUGCAUCUUUCUUUGGACAUUGUUUUCAUGGAAUCAUUACAAAGAGGAUGUUUACAUUUCAAAGGUACACUGGUAUUUAUAUUUUUGUGCCACAAUUUUGUAAUGAUGAAACUUUUUAUAUAAUUAUAUACAGUUUAUUGAUAUUCAAUAAAAUGGUUAAUUUAUAA